AUGCCCAGUAUGCCCUGCUACACCAUGCCCUGCUACACCAUGUACUGUUACACAUGCACUACUACACCAUGCCCUGUAUAUACUGCUACACCAUGCCCUGCUACACCAUGCACUGUAUACACUGCUACACCAUGCCCUGCUUCACCUUGCACUGUAUACACUGCUACACCAUGCCACGUAUACACUACUACACCAUGCCCUGUAUAUACUGCUACACCAUGCCCUGCUACACCAUGCACUGUAUACACUGCUACACCAUGCCCUGUAUACACUGCUACACCAUGCACUGUAUACACUGCUACACCAUGCACUGUAUACACUGCUACACCAUGCACUGUAUAUACUGCUACACCAUGCCCUGCUACACCAUGCCCUGUAUACACUGCUACACCAUGCCCUGUAUACACUGCUACACCAUGCCCUGCUACACCAUGCACUGUAUACACUGCUACACCAUGCCCUGCUUCACCUUGCACUGUAUACACUGCUACACCAUGCCACGUAUACACUGCUACACCAUGCCACGUAUACACUGCUACACCAUGCCCUGUAUACACUGCUACACCAUGCACUGUAUACACUGCUACACCAUGCCCUGUAUACACUGCUACACCAUGCCCUGCUACACCAUGCACUGUAUACACUGCUACACCAUGCCCUGUAUACACUGCUACACCAUGCCCUGUAUACACUGCUACACCAUGCACUGUAUACACUGCUACACCAUGCCCUGUAUACACUGCUACACCAUGCCCUGUAUACACUGGCACAAUUCAUGCCCUGCUACACCAUGCUGCCCCUGUAUACACUGCUACACCAUACACUGCUACACCAUGCCCUGUAUACACUGCUACACCAUGCCCUGCUUCACCUUGCACUGUAUACACUGCUACACCAUGCCCCGUAUACACUGCUACACCAUGCCCUGUAUACACUGCUACACCAUGCCCUGUAUACACUGCUACACCAUGCCCUGUAUACACUGCUACACCAUGCCCUGCUACACCAUGCACUGUAUACACUGCUACACCAUGCCCUGUAUACACUGCUACACCAUGCACUGUAUACACUGCUACACCAUGCCCUGUAUACACUGCUACACCAUGCCCUGCUACACCAUGCACUGUAUACACUGCUACACCAUGCCCUGCUACACCAUGCCCUGUAUACACUGCUACACCAUGCCAUUACAGAGUGUCGGACACAUUACCAUCUUAUGAUGGAGUUGAGGUUUUUCUUUCCUUUCCGGUUUCUUCUCUCGAUUACCAGUUGGCUUUAUCUGAAAAUAUUAAGCACAUAGAGAAAGCUCACUUUGGUGAAUCGAAGGUCUCAUUUCCAUGUAAAUUGCUUUAA